CCUUCCUCAGUUUCCUUCCUGGAUUAUAGUUUAGAUACCACUUCUUGUUUGUGCUUGGAAUUUACUGGUUACUUUCUUUUCUCUCGGAACAAUGUGCUCUUUGGGUUUUGCCAAAUCUUUGGGUUUUGCCCUGAUCCCACUGGCCACCUGCUGCAUUGUGGCUAAUUUGCUACUAUUUUUCCCUGAUGGAAAAUUGGAUUAUAUAAAGAAUUUGACUGUGUAUGUGUGGUACUUCAUGGGAAUAGGGGGUGGUGGUAUCGCAGUACUUAUAACUGCUUUUAUUUUUUUGAGCUUGGGGAAGUGUGCUGACUCCUGUGUUACAAAAAGCUCUGCUAUGUGUGCCUCUGUUGGAGCGUCUCUCAUUGGACUGGCCGGCUCUUGUUAUUGCUUCAUUAUCUCAGCCAUAGCCAUGCUAGAGGGGCCAACUUGCAUGACUGAUGAUUCGGUCUGGACAACUCCUUUCAAAAAUAACAAUGAAACUUACCUGUUUAAACGUGAAUCGUGGCAUGAGUGUAAACAGCCUCCUAACAUUGUUGAGUGGAACGUGAUAUUGCUGUCCAUCCUGCUGGGCAUUAGCCUGAUCGAGUUCCUCAUCUGCUUUGUGCAGUUUAUAAGCGGCUUGGUCAGCGCCCUCUGCAGGCUCUGCUGCUAUAAACAGCAAUAUAGCCUCAGUGCUUGAAGACACACUGGACAACAAUCCCAUAUAUCACUAACAAACACUGACAUUCUAACAAUGGCUGCUCUUAAAAUUCUGAAAAUACCUGACAGACUAAACUGGUAUAUAUCUGGUAAUUGUGUCAGUGUAGCAUGAUGAAUCUGUUUUAUAUUGAGCAGGAGCAGCUUUUACAAGUAUUGUGCUACUUUUAAUACAAUCAAGCAACUGACAUGCGCUCUGAUCUGUGACUGAAACAUAUAUAUUUUUGCAAGAUACAAAAUAUCCUGUCCUUAGACAGUAAUAGAAAAUCUUGUAUUAAUUCCCGAGACAACUCCGGACAUUUUUGCUUUCAUGAUUAUACACUGUAUGGCUUCAUUGUCCAUUUAAAAAAAUAUAUUUUCUACGUGUUUAAUUAUAAGAAUAUUAUAACUUAUUAUCCAUUCCUUGAUAAAAAAAAAUGCAGCUAUUAAAAAACUUGUUAUGUAUGUUAUGUAUCUUAUACUGUAUAAAUAUUUCUAUUAUUUGUUUUUAUAUUGUUUGUGUUGCCUUAUAAAGAAUAAAUCUUCUAUUUGUAAUUCAUCCAUUACCUUGCUUUAAUGUGCAGUGUAAAUGAGGUACACCAUAAUACUGGGAUUGUAUGGCUUUGCCACAGGAAUAUUGUUAGCACUGUUUAGUAUUAGUACUCAUGCUUUUUUUUUUUUUUUAUAGGAGAUUCUAUUUCUGAACCAUGCUGUAAAACCACAGGAAAUGUGAAUUCGUUUAAAUAGUGUAUCUAUUUAAAUUUGAUUAAGUUAAGAAAGACUCAGCAUGCAUUCAGAAUACCACAUGGCUAAAUAAGCAAAUAUACUGUACAGUAUGACUGUGACUAAGGCCAAGAAAGGCAUUUGUUUAACAUUCAAAUAUAACACAAACUCUGGACUUUGAGCAGUUCUAUUUGUGAACAUCUGAGGUUUGCUUUCAACAGGUUUCACCUGAAAUGGCCUUUAGUUCUGUGGUAAGAGGAAUCUAAAACUAGUGAA